AUGAGGAAGAGUAAAUCAGGUCCUAAAAUUGUUCAAAUUGAAACAAGAUAUGUCCAAACCGAUGCAGUGAACUUCAGAGACGUUGUUCAAAGCCUAACCGGAAAGAAUUCCUCGACCGACUGGAUCGGUCGAGGAAAUAACGAUGCAGCCGCGGCCACGGCCGCGGCAGCUACUGAAAUCCAAGAAGGAAAUAAUAAGACACAAGAAGUGGUUAUUGAUACAAGUUCAACAUCUUCAACAAAGCUAAUGAUGAUGAGCAACAUGUCAUUCAAAGAGUUUGAAAGAUUAGUGUUAGAGUUGCCUCCCAUUCAAAUGGAAGAGAUGCUAUGGUUAUAG